UUCCGUCCUCACCACAGAACUGCUGCUGCUCAGGGUGGCUUGCCUUGUAAAACUCCAUUCUGUAAUGCCCCGAGGAUUUUUGUCUGCGUUCAAUCCAAGUUCUUACCGGGUAAACAGCAGCAUUUACAACACUAAGCACGCUAAGCAAGGUAUUCCAGGGUUUAUUUGUGUUUAGUAAAGAAGACUGGGACCCCACCCACAGUUCUCACGGGCCCAUUGGAGCCAUGAAGCGGGUUUCGUUCUGCUCAACAUCUCGAUCCACUCCGAGACCCAAAUCAUUGUAGGCCAGCAGAGACCUGCGUCCCAGCUGUGGAUGAAAGCUCGAGUCGUGGUAACUGCAUGUCCCAAAUCUUCACCGCGGGGACAGUGAGCAGUCUGACAAGUUGACGGAGACUGGUAGGGGUUGAGGGUACAAAGGAGAAGACGCUGCCAAGCCUCGGCCUUUAAGAGCAGAGAAUACUAAAAAGUGGACAUUGGGACCGUGACCCCCACCUUCUGCCCCCUGGUCAGCGCACCCAGGUGACUUGAAUGACUUUGGUCAAUACUUCAGUACGUACCCCUAACAGGGAGGGUCAGAAAAUCACCACACUGCAAUACUGUGAUCACAUGCAACAAAACUAACGACUUCUCACUAUCAAGACGGCACGUUCGUGUUGCUUUGCAUUCCCGUCCAGGGAACUACCGCACCCAGAUGUGGGAUAAACAGAAGGAGGUUUUCCUGCCCUCGACCCCGGGCCUGGGCAUGCACGUGGAGGUGAAGGAUCCUGAAGGCAAGGUGGUGCUGUCCCGGCAGUACGGCUCAGAGGGGCGCUUCACCUUCACUUCCCACACUCCUGGUGAACAUCAGAUCUGCCUGCACUCCAACUCUACCAGGAUGGCUCUCUUCGCUGGCGGCAGGCUGCGUGUGCACCUAGACAUCCAGGUUGGGGAGCAUGCCAACAACUACCCCGAGAUUGCUGCCAAGGAUAAACUGACGGAGCUGCAGCUCCGAGCCCGCCAGUUACUUGAUCAGGUGGAACAGAUCCAGAAGGAGCAGGAUUACCAAAGGUAUCGUGAAGAACGCUUCCGCCUGACCAGUGAGAGCACCAACCAGAGAGUCCUGUGGUGGUCCAUUGCUCAGACUGUCAUCCUCAUUCUCACUGGCAUCUGGCAGAUGCGUCACCUCAAGAGCUUCUUUGAGGCCAAGAAGCUGGUGUAGUGUCCUCUCUGAAUGACCCUUCCCUCUUACCUCAACUAUUUGGUACUUUCCCUGCCCAAUAAUACCUUAUCCACCUGGAUUUUGAGGGAAAAAUGAAAAAAGAAUAUAAGCCACAUUGGUUCCAUGGCAACAAAGCAUUCAGAUCAGCCACUUGUUAACACUGGUUCUCAAGGACACAAGACAUUGGUCCAGACUUGGAAAGGUCUGUUUUGGGAUUUGGGCAGAGGCAGAAGUGACCCAGGACUAAGUCUUGUUCUUUCACUUCCAGUGAUUCCCCUCCAUCCGGUCACAAAAUGAGCAAAUGAAAAAUCUCUGCGACUCCUUUGACUUCCCCCUGUGUCUACAUACACAGUGGACAACUGAAAUGCCCCACUUAGGAGGCCCCGCCUCACUGCUCCCCGGUCAGUCCUGGGUUCAUUCAGUGGCUUUGUGAAUGUAAAUAAGGGGCAGGUCUUGGCCCCAGAGAAUUGAAAUGUUUUUCUAUGUAUUAGAACUAUAUUUUGAUAAAUUAUAUAUUUUCCUUCCUAGUUGAAGUGUUCCUGCCUGUGUGUGACUAGCUGAAAACACCAAUGUGGUCCCCUCUGCAUUCUGUUUAGGCACACAUUUUUGAUAACUACCAUGGCAGCUCUCAGGAUGUCAGCAGUCUGUGGGCCAGAAAGCAGACAUCACUGCUGCUCUCAGGGCCUUAUCAGAGGGCCAAGCAGAGAAUUCUCUGAGACGCCUGUGACUUCCAUCACACAGGGCCUCAGAGUCCAAGUGAGGUAGUGGCAGAGCUGGCACGGGCAGGGCACUCUUAUCCUCCCUCUCCCCUUCACCUUUAUUUAAGCUGUUGUAAAUGUUUUCAUGGGAACCAGAUUUGGUUCUUUAUACAGAUUUUUUCAGUGAAAUAAAAGGUGUUGUAGUA